AUUACCUACAGUGGAGAUACCGUGAGGCGGCAAUGGCAUGGUCCCAAUCCCAAGCUGUGGCGCAUGCACGAGGCGCAACUCCCGAAUUUUUUCAAUGCCAGCAUCAAGCCUCAUCCAGCCCUGUCAACAUCCACCGAACUCAAAGACGCGACUGCCAAUUGCCGAUUACCUGCCGGUGCUCGGUUCCAGGACGAACCUCCCCCCGCCAACCUCCUAUCCGAAGUGUCGAGUUCGCUACAUCUUCCCCGGUGCCGCCCCGGUUCCGAGUCCUGAGGCACUAUCCAGAGAGGUAGCGCUGGAUAGUCCAUGAGGGACUAGCUCCCGGAGGCUCAUCUGCUCGUCCUCACGACCUCCGACGUAGCUUAUCCAAACCACAACACCCGCCAGAAUGUCACAAACAAUUGGGCCCACACGACUCGCCUACUCACGAGUAUGGCACCACAUAUCCGCCGCCGCGCCGCACCCGACGCUGAGCACCAAGAAAUCCCCGCCCGAAGCCGUCACGCCGCCGUCGCUGGGCCGGUUGGCGUCCCGCAUCGCCACCAUCCUCAUGGGCAAGCACAAGCCCAUCUGGGACCCCUCGACCGACUGCGGCGACUACGUGGUGGUGACCAACUGUGCGGCGCUGCACACGACGGGCAUGAAGAAAUGGCGCAAGCCCUACUACCGGCACAACACCCGCCCCGGUUCGCUGCGCACCAUCACCAUGGACCUGCUCAUGGCCAAGCACGGCGGUGCUGAGGUGUUGCGCAAGGCUGUUAGUGGCAUGCUGCCGAAGAAUAGACUCAGGGAUAAGAGGUUGGCGAGACUCAAGGCGUUUGAGGGGGAUGCGCAUCCGUAUAAGCAGAAUUUGUUGCGGUUUGGUGGUAAGGUGGUGGGCACGCCCGGGUGGGAGGAGAUGGCGAGGGUGGUGAGGGAUGGGGAUAAGGCGAGGAUAGUAUGAGUUGAGGAUUGGGACUCUUCUGUGGGUAUGUAAGGGGUCUAGUGUGUACAAGAUUCUUGGCUUUGCGCGGUUGGGUUUCUGUGUAUCAACAAACCAUCGAUGUACAAUCAUAAAUUUCAGUAUCUCAUGAAAAAGGGAGCGUGGGCUAGUGUCCAAUCACCGUGGUGAAACCAUGCUAACAAUGCU